UUCGGAAAUUCAUUCCAUUCGUAAAUUUUUACUGAAAAAAAAGAAAUUUUGAUAUUAAAUGAUCAAAUCAAUAUCGAAAAAAAACAACAGCAACAAUGUUCAUUUCAAAAUUAUCAAUGAGAAUAUUUAUUCUCGCCAUUUAUUUAUAUGGUCAAUUGUUCAUACAAAUUAUUUCGUGUUCAAAUAGUCAAUUAAUGGAACGAUUAAAAGUUCCACCACGUUUUGGUAAACGACAAUUCGAUAGUAAAGAAUUAUAUUCGGAUAAUGACAAAAUGUUUACAAAUGAUAUGAUUGAACAUCGAUUAUUACCAACGAUGGAUCAACAACGAAUAUCAAUAUUGAAUACGGAUACAUUUCAACCUUCUUUCAUAUGCAAAAUGAUACGACAAGGACAAUAUUAUAAUCUUCAAUGUUUUAAUUCGAUUGUUUCGUAAUUUGUUUCGAACGUUCGAUUUUUUCAUCAAAUUCAUUCAUUUCAUGAAUCAUAAAAAUUUUCACGGACAGAUGGCGAAACUGUUGUCUGUACAUUAU